AUGAGCGCCGAAGCAUAUCAGUACAGAGCGCUUUAUGACUACAAAAAGGAGAGGGAGGAGGACAUCGACCUCCACGAGGGGGACGUAUUGUUGGUAAGCAAAGGAGCUCUAGUGGCCCUUGGGUACACGGAUGGUCUGGAGCAGCAGCCAAACAAGAUUGGCUGGCUGCCGGGCUUCAAUGAAACCACUCAGGAAAAGGGGGACUUCCCGGGGACAUAUGUCGAGUACAUCGGGAGGAAGUGGAUCUCCCCCCCCACUCCCAAACCGAGGCCCGUCCGACCUCUACCUGUGGCUCCCAGCCCCGUCAAAACCGACGAAGAGUCCGACUCGGAACAAGGCUCCUGUUUGCCGGACCUGACAGAGCAGUUUUCCCUCCCGGACACCGCUCCACCCAUGCUGACCAGGCUGCUGGAAGCCAUAGAGAAGAAAGGGCUGGAGAACCCCACCCUGUACCGAACCUUCACUGCAGGAGCCGGACUGGAGGUCAGGCAGUACUUUGAGUCAGAUCCUCCAUCCGCAGACCUGGAUCAGCUGGAUCUGCCGGUCUUGUGCGACGGCCUGCGCCGGUACCUGCUGGACCUUCCCCAGCCCGUCGUCCACCCGGCACUACAAGUCCAGAUGGUCCACACGGCCAAAGAGGUGGCGAACCCUGAAGAAUGCGCCCAGCUGCUGCGCCGCGUGGCCAGCACCCCCAGCCUGCCCCACCAGUACUGGCUGGCCCUGCACUGCCUGCUCAGGCACUUUGCUAGAGUGUGCCAGAGCGGCUCCAAGAACCUGCUGAGCCCCAGAACGCUGGGGGAGAUCUUCAGCCCCGUCUUCUUCAGACAGCAGUCCGUCGGCUGUGAACCCAGCCUGGACGCCUACAUCAAGAUCAUUGAGGUUCUGGUGACCACCGAGUGGAGCGAGAGUCGAGCCGCUCCAGCUCUGCCUCCGAAGCCCCCGAAGCCCGCGGCUGUGAUUAACAACGGAAUGAACAACAAUAUGGCUCUGCAGGACGCAGAGUGGUACUGGGGGGAGAUCUCCAGGGAGGAGGUCAACGAGAAGCUGAGGGACACUGCGGACGGUACGUUUCUGGUGCGAGACGCCUCCACGAAAAUGCACGGCGACUACACGCUGACUCUGAGGAAAGGAGGAAACAACAAGCUUAUCAAGAUAUUCCACCGGGACGGGAAGUACGGCUUCUCCGACCCGCUGACCUUCAGCUCCGUGGUGGAGCUCAUCAACCACUAUCGCAACGAAUCUCUGGCUCAGUACAACCCCAAGCUGGACGUGAAGCUGCUCUACCCCGUCUCCAAGCAACAGCAGGACCAGGUGGUGAAGGAGGACAACAUCGAGGCCGUGGGGAGGAAGCUCUGCGAAUACCACCAGCAAUACCAGGAGAAGAACAAGGAAUACGACCGUCUGUACGAGGAGUACACCAGGACGUCACAGGAGAUCCAAAUGAAGCGCACAGCCAUAGAAGCUUUCAACGAAACCAUAAAGAUAUUCGAGGAGCAGUGCCAAACGCAGGAGCGGUACAGCAAAGACUACAUCGAGAGGUUCAGGAAAGAAGGAAACGAGAAGGAGAUCCAGAGGAUCAUGGGAAACUACGAGAAGUUAAAGUCUAGAAUCAGUGAAAUCGUGGACAGCAAGCGCAGACUGGAGGAGGACCUGAGGAAGCAGGCGGCCGACUACAGAGAGAUCGACAAGAGGAUGAACAGCAUCAAGCCGGACCUCAUCCAGCUCCGCAAGACCAGAGACCAGUACCUCACGUGGCUGACACAGAAAGGAGUGCGGCAAAAGAAGCUGAACGAGUGGCUGGGAAUCAAGAACGAGAACACAGAGGAUCAAUACUCGAUGGUGGAGGACGACGAAGACCUCCCUCAUCACGACGAGCGCACCUGGAAGCUGGAGAAGAUCGACCGGCUGGAGGCUGAGGGCCUCCUUCAGGGAAAGAGAGACGGCACAUUCCUGGUUCGGGAAAGCAGCAAGCCGGGAUGCUACGCAUGCAGCGUGAUGGUGGACGGCGAGGUGAAGCACUGCGUCAUCAACAAGACGCCCUCCGGCUACGGCUUCGCGGAGCCCUACAACCUGUACAGCUCGCUAAAAGAACUCGUACUUCACUACCAGCACACGUCGCUGGUCCAGCACAAUGACUCUCUGAAUGUGACGCUAGCGUACCCCGUCUUCACCCACCAGCGGCGGUGAGGACCCCGGACGCCUUCUUACGGACGCAAAGAUGCACGGCCUCGCCGGAUUUGGAUGCCUGAACCAUUUCAGAGACACAAGCCUGAAUGUAGAUCUCCUGUUUCUUUUCGUUCUCGUUUUCCGUUGGGAGCACAGAAUCCAGCCGACUGCUGAGCUCCACCCCUCCCCGAGCGGGCGGGCGAGCGGAGAACAUUUGAGGCCUUUUUCCUUCCAGUGCUUGUUCUUUUCCAGAGCUUUACCAGCCGGAACCGGAAGGACUCUUCGCACCGGCCACGACUUCCUCAUCUGCGUGUUUUUCUUUGUACGACUGCCCACGUGACCAAAACUCUUCCAAUCAGGAGAGUGUGGGGGAGGGGCUUGUGUUGACUGUUCAGUAGCAGACCAUGGAUCAGCUGACAAAUGUAGCAAAACGGCACUUUGAAAAAGACAAACUUUAUUUUGUGUUUGGAAACAAGGAGCAGAAAGGACUCGACCCACGCCUCGCCGGUUGGACUUGCAGAAACAAACUCGGAUCUGCUGGCAAGUCGAACUAUGAAUGGACUUGUGUACAUAAAUCAAAUUGUGCAAACUCGUGAAUCAAAGUACCAAAAAAAAAAAAAAAAGGAUCAGCUCCUGUUUUAGUUUUAUUCUGAUCUGCUAUGCAAGUCUUUCUCCAUUUUUACUGUUGCAACACGAUAUAAGCUUCGUUUUUGCUUGAAAAUCUGUUCCUGUUUAAGGAUCCAGGAGGAUAUUUUGUUGAAAAUGCCAAGAUACAGUUAAAAGAAAUGCAUAUAAUUUUUAAAAGAGAGCAUAAACUUUAUUAUAAAUGACUUUAACAGCUCCUAUGGUGGAAGAUGUGAGCGUUUUAUUAGGUUUUUUUUUCCUUCAAACUAAAGUCCCUCUCAGGCGUUUGAGCUGCUUCGGUCACAAGUUUUCUUUUUUUUUUUUUUUUUUUUCCGAACAUGCAGUCGUGAGUUAAAAGCGCUCAAAACGGCCUGAUGGGAUCGUACGACCCAUAUCACCACCAAAACAGCAGUAUAGAUUUAUUUUGUUAUAAAGAAAAUAUAUAAUGUUCCCAUAAGAGAGAUAAGCUCACUUUACAUUUUACACUUAGUAUUUUUCUGUAUCAGAAAAUCACUGUUUACAUGGGUGGAUCAGCUCAUUUCAGAAAGCGAUUUCUCAUUUCGAAAUGAGAAAUUUCAAUUAAACGCAGGUUGCCACGGCUCGACUCGUUUCCUUCGACAGCUUUUUUUUUUUUAAAUUUUUUUUAGUUUAGCUGUAAUUAAGUGUCAGAAACCACUGAACGUGUAUAUUUUUUUAAACGGGCGUUUUUCCACGCGAUACGAGGAGGGAAAAAAAGGCGACCAAGAUCAGACGUAUAUUUUGGGUUCUUCUGCGCGGCGGGCACGGCCAAAGUGAAAUCUGUGACGGAAGAGUUGUAGAAGACUUCAGCUGCUUGUUUUCACUGAGCGCGUGACGAGGCUGGCCGCCGUGCAGCACGCACCUCAGUAUUAGCUCGGUUCACCUGACAUGACGGUACAAAAGUGUUUUUGAAACGAUCAAAAUCACACCCAACGUUCAAAAGUGUCUUUUUUUUUGUUUUUCUUGAUCAGAUGUCUCCAAAUUCAGAACAGCAGUAAACUAACCGGCACUUAACCCCGACAGCUGCUGGCACAAACAUUGUGGUUUUGAAGUUCUCAGAUGACGUGCACCAUCUUUUUUUAAAUUUGAACUUCUGUUUUUGUUUUUUUUUAUAUGGUGACCCCCUACCCCCCCCACACCCAUGGUUGGAUUGAAAUCAGACAAUUUUCCCCUGUUUGGCUUCAGAUCUGUAUUGGGCUUUGUUAAACAUGAAAUAAAACACUUGUUUUUAUGAA